UCAGCUCACAAGGGUGCUGUCAUGUCCACGCUGUGAGGGAAGUCACCGCAUCAUUUUCGCGUUUUCGCGAUGGUGGAAGUACAGGACUUCAGCAUUCCAGACCUGGUGACGGUGGAGUUCCGCUGGGGAACAGAAACAUUUUUUCGAACGGAGGACAGGACGCAUGGUCGCUACAUCUACCGUAGUCGAGGAACACUGGAUGGCAAGGGAGGCUUGAGACUACAAUACCAGAUGUCCAAGAGUGAGAUUGACGAGCGGGACGAUAGUGGAUGGGAGAUUUGUGGCUCGCAAGGCAAGUGCCUCUACCGCCUGCAGACCGACGCUGCGAGCCCCGGCGACUUCUUGGGCUCGCAGACCUGGGCCCGAGGCGAUCGCUCCUCCAUCACAUUGGUGGUGAUGCAAAAAGCCCGCGCCGACAUUGAACCGGGAGGAUGGAUCGAGGGUGGCCUAUUGGCUUUUGAUCGAAGGUGGUGAAAAAGAAUGGCUCUCUCCACGCUGCCGCGCUGCCGAUGUGGAAGGGUAAA